UUUUUAAUUAGACACCUCUGAUAUCUUAGUGCCUUCACCUAGUAUGUCUUUCAUUAUUAUUUUCUUCAUGCUUUUCCAGGGAGGACCUUAUUGAGACUGAGUAUGAUGAAUCCAUCCUUCUCAUGCCACUUCCAAAGGGCUCCAGGCCCUUCGAACUAUGGAUGGAAUCGGCCACCUUUACUGAAUCAUCAUCCACCUUUACUGAAUCAUCAUCCACCUUUACUGAAUCACCAACCCCCUUUACUGAACUGCAAUCAACACCAGUUCCAGCAACAUCAAUUUUUUAAUCGUUUAAAUAACCCUAACACCCAUGGUAUUCAUCAGCCUGUUGUCCCCUCAGCCCAUCCAAAGCAGGUCUGGAAUUCUGGAUCAUUUAACACAAAUCAUUACCAGAAUAAUCAUUAUAGCCAGCAACAGCAAAACCAGAAUCAGUCUUCUGCAUGGUUUUCUCAACAUCAAGGAAAUGUGAGGCAGAACAGGAAUGGGUACUCUGUGCCAAUGCAGAGUGGGUUUUACCAAGGAAACAACUUCAGCUGCCAAGUUGCUGCCCAAUCACUACCAUAUCCACCCUGGCACCAGACACAUUUUCCAAAGAGAAAGCAGUUUGCCUCCCGAAAUAACCACACCUCCAUAAAUUGUGUCAGUAACAAAGUAAGACAGCUGAAGGAAGAUGCUAAGAAGUGCACUGGGGGACUGGGUGUGUCUGUUUUGCAAAUCACUGAAACCCCUGCCAAAGGUGAUGCUUCGGGUGAGCUGAAAAAAGGAAAAGAUGGCAGUGGAAUAGGAGAUGCAGUGAAAGUCUUAAUGAAAGCAAAUGCUAAUGGCAACAGCGAAGAAAUGAGCAAAUCUCUCCAUGUCCAAAGUGACGUUACAGAUGGUUCAUCAAAAAAUAGUGCAAAGACUUUGGAAGAGUCUCCAAAGAUAUCCAGUGAUUCAUUACAGUCAAAGGAAAUGUUUAAAGAUUUUGAAAGUGAAAAUAAGGUCUUGAAAAUACCCGAAGAGAUAAAAGAACCACUUGAUAAAGUUACUAGUGUGAAAGAACCCAUUGAAGAAUCAGAGGAGUUACAUAAAUCCAGUAGUGAGUGUUUAAAAAACUUUUAUAAGGAAUCAAAAGGUGUACAUAAAAUCAGCUGUGAGGUGUCAGAAGAGUCUUUUGACAAAAGUGAAAUUUUGAAAAAAUCAGAUAUUUCAAAAGUUCUGUUUAUUAAUAAAAGCGAUGCUUUACAACAGUUGGAAAAAGCAUGUAAGAAUUCAGUAGAGCAUAAUGAAACUUUAAAAAUCUCAAAAGACGUGCUAGAGGGUUUAGAAGAUUCUCACGAUAACCCUAAAGACACUCCCAAAAAUAGUUACCAAGCUUUAAAGGAAUCAAACGAAGUACUAAAAGGUUCGCAAACAAAUAAAGCCUUUAAAGGCUUGAUUGAAAAUCAGAGUGAGAGUUCAAAAGUAUUGGAUAAAGUGUCAGAAGCUUUGCCAGGGAAUGAAAUUUUGAAAGGCCUAAAAAACAUAGAGGAAAUAAAGUGUUCAAGUAAAAACAUGAGGGAAGAUAAAUUAAAAAGUUUAUCUAAAGAUAGUGGUGACACUUUUAAAAAAAAACGUGACAAUAAUAGAUUUAAACAUUCUUCUGAAGGCAAAAAAAAGAUAUACUCAGUUAGAGAUUCUUUGAAAAAUAAAAGUAAAAGAUACUUAGUUGAAGAUCCUUUGAAAAGCAAAGAUAUGGCUUUAAUGGGCAUUAUAAAACCAAAAAAUAAAGUAUUUAAAUUCACACAAAACUCUGAAAAAAAAAUAUCGAAACCACCUGGGCACAAAAUGGUUUCUAAAGGUUCUGUGACACGCACAAAGAUGCAACAGCAUGUGAAAAUGGGCAAUAAUGAUUUAAAGAAUUUGGCAACACACAACAAUAGCAUAGAUGAUAAAAUAUUACUGAAGGAUUUACCUAGAAACUCGAGUAUGUUGAAGAAUAAAGUCAAAAGUGACAGCAACUUGUUGCAAGAAAUAUACAAACACAACAAUAAAGCGCUCAAACUCUCAAAAAACACUGGUGAAGCAUUCAACGACACUGCCAGCACCGCAGGUAUUGAAUUAUCAAAUGUAGCUGCCAAAAACAACAGCCAGAGAUCAAAACCAGAGAAUCUGAAGUCCUCUAGUUUCAAGAGAAAUGAAGUCACUCAAGACUCCAGUAAGUCCAAGGAUCAGUUUAUGAAGACUUCAGCCGUGCCUGCCAGGGAAUCUCUACCCUUUCCAUCCAAAGUUGUAUGCUAUACUUGUAAGGAAGUGGUAAAGAAGCAUCAGAUGCCUUCGCAUCUUUUCUUCGGUCUACUGAAAUGUCGUGAUUGUAGUAGGGAGAUCAAAUCCUGUAGAAACUUUAAAGAAAUAAUGAGAUCAGUAAGAACCAAAGAAAGCUCUCCAUGCUUUCACAGACAUUUGAAGUGGGUGAAUAACCCAGUGUCCUACAUAAAGAGCAAACUGCAAAGGGAAAUAUAUAAGAGAAAGUUGAAAAGUAAGCCAGUAACAGAUGACAUUAUGAGUGUGGCCUUUUAUGCCAAGAGCUUUAGACCUUUAGAACACAAAUCUCCUUGGAGGUCAGCAAUUGAGGGAUUGCAAAGAUGUACAGGUUACCUUCCUGGUGACAUGAUGGAAUCAGAAGAGAGAGACUUUUUGGAAUCAAAUCAUUUAUCUAAAGUGGAGACAAAUGAAGAUCAUUGUAAUUUAAAUUCUGUAUCACAAGGAGGAAAUGAAAAGGAAGACUUCCAGAAGAAAUUUCCCAAGUUAACAUCCAAAUCAGAGUCACAGAAAAAUCUCUUAGAGGAUGAGAAUGUCCCAUAUGGUGAAAACCUUAAUAUUGUUGAACCCCAACCUUUUGAUAAUGAAAGAAUACCUCAGAUAGUUGAAGAGGAAGUUGUCAUAUCUCAAACAAUGUGGGAAGAAGAUAUCAUUUGUGUUGGUGUAGUUGAGCUGGUGGGUGAGAAUGUCUCCAUUAAUGUGUGUGAGAAUAAUGUUGGACUUCAGGCUCAAUGCCAGAGUUCAUUUGUGGAUGCAGUGGCCAUGGCUGACGAGGUAGAAACUGUAGCGCAAGCAGUGAAUGAAGAGGAAGUCUCCCCUGAAAAAACUGAGAUCCCAAGCAAACCACUAAGUAAACUGAUAUCCAGUGGAGUAAGUGAAGAACUAGAUGCUCAGCAAUUGCAAGUUAAGCUGGUACCACGACAGGUUGAAGAAGUUAAAUUAGAGUGCAGUAACAAUGACAAAAUGGAAAUUGCCCCUCAGAAAGUUGAACCUGAACUAGUGAAAAGCAUAGAGGAUGAAGUGGAUGACCUAAUGGACAUCAUCCAAUUGGACAUUAAAAAUGCAAGACCAGAAGAAAUUAGAGAAAAAAAUAUUGAAACAAAAGAGGCUUGUAGGACAGAAAAAGUAGAGGAAGAAUCACAAAUCAAGAGGUGCAAACUUAGCAGAUGCCAACAUCAGCCUUUCUUUUCAUUUCUCCAGAAAUUACAGAAGCUUGACAAGAAUAGCAAAUUCUGGACUCCCAUUCUUACAGCAGCAAGGACCUUUCAUGAGUAUACUUUGAAAGAAGAUGCAAUGAAGUCAUGUCAUUUGUUUUUUGACUCAGAAGAGGCUGACAACGAGUUUAUGAUGGACAUCCUCUUAUCUCAUCCUUAUGGGCUGGAGAACUUGGAUGAAGUCACUAAGUUCAUCUCUGUAGACCACAAUAUAUUGUCCAAAGUUAAAGACACAAUAGAAAAAUCUUCCAUAAUGUUAAAUAGGCCGAGCUUCGUCCCUCAACCUCUCACCAGGUCAACUUUGAGGAAUUUUCUCAGUUCCUGCAACAAGCAAGAGAUUCCAAAAAGUAACAGAAAACAUAAGAGGAAGAGAGAACACCAAGAGAAGACUCCAUCUAGUGACCGUCGUCCAUCCACAGUUUUUGGAAAAGACAUACCUCAAGAAGGAAUCUCCCAGAUGCACCUUGUGACUCCUCCUGCAGAUGGCUUGUAUUAUGUGGUCACUUAUCCAGUGACUCCAUUUCCCAAGGAAUGUCCCAUGUGCUAUUAUAGGAUAUUCCCUGCCAUGUUCUCUUUGAACCUUGUCACAAACCUGGCAACAGCUCGGUGUUUUGGGUGCCCACUUACCAUUUAUGUUGUUCAGGAGCCUGCUGAUGCCUCCUUUCCCAAAAUCGUCUUCAAAAACCAGUCAGAACCAGAGGUUACAAGAUUCACAGAAGGGAAAACCUACAAGCCCAGGCCUGCCAGAUACAAAAAGACCUACUGACAUAUUGGGGAAGAGGAGUAGGCUCUCUAUUAACCCUUAAACUGUCCAAACGUAGAUCUACAGUUGUGCAUGUAGCGCUCCAACCUUGAUUUUCUCCAUAAGAAAGAACGUAAAAAAACGUAGAGCUACGUUCGGAGCACUUCGCGAGCGAACAUAGAUCUACGUUUGGACAGUUUAAGGGUUAAGUAAUGAUGACAUUACUUAAUAUUUCUGUGCUGAAUUCCUCCCAUGGUGCUUUUUGAGCUCGAUCAUGAUACUACAGUUAGACGAGGUGUGCUCAGCAUCUAUUAUGGUGUGUAAUUCUCAAAAUAUUUUUUUAUUUAGCAAUAGCCAAGAGGACAUUAUUUAGUACCAAAGACUUGAUUUUAAACAUUGUGAUGAUAUCUUAUAAAGAAUUUUGUAUUAAAAUUUACCCUAUUUUAUUUUUCAUUUUCAAAUGAAAUGCUUAUUUUGUUACCAGUGAGUGAGGACAGGUUUCCUUAUUGAUGCCUUAUUUAAGCAUUGUUAUGCUUUCAUACAUACUUUUUUU